AGAACAUCAUGCUGCUGGACAAGAACGUUCCGCUGCCCAGAAUCAAACUCAUCGACUUCGGCCUCGCUCACAAGAUCGAAGCCGGAGUUGAGUUCAAAAACAUCUUCGGGACACCGGAGUUUGUAGCUCCAGAGAUCGUGAACUACGAACCGCUGGGACUAGAAGCCGACAUGUGGAGCAUCGGAGUCAUCACCUACAUCCUCCUCAGUGGAGCUUCUCCUUUCCUGGGAGAAACCAAACAGGACACUCUGGGAAACAUCUCGGCCAUAAACUACGAGUUCGACGAAGAGUUCUUCUGCCACACCAGCGACCUGGCCAAGAAGUUCAUCAGCCAGCUGCUGGAGAAGGACAAGAAGAAAAGGUUAACAAUCCAAGAUGCUCUGAAUCACCCGUGGAUCAAGUCCAACGAGCACAAAGACGAGAAUAAAUCCCUGGAGCUGAAGAAGCGUGAGCGCCGCCAGCUGAAGACCAAACGCCUCAGGGAGUAUACCAUCAAGUCCCACUCCAGCAUGCCGCCCAACAACACCUACGUGAACUUCGAGCGCUUCGCCCAGGUGGUGGAGGACAUCGACCAGAUGGAGAGCUCCUUCGUCAGCCUGGCCAUGGCCCACGACUCCCUGCAGGAGGACAUCGACGCCAUGGUGUCCAUCUACAACGACAAGGAGGUCUGGUACAAGGAGGAGAGCGAGGGCGUCCGACACGAGCUCUCCCAGAUCCGCUACGAGUUCCGGAAGGUGGAGGCGCUGAAGAGGAGCCUGCAGGACGACAUGCAGACCUUCAGCUGCAGCCUCGCCGCUAUCAGCGACCGCUACCAGGAACGGCAGAACCACUUCGACGCUCUGAGACUGGAGCUCAGCAACGAGCUGAGGUGGGUCCAAGAGGUGAUGGGGUCCUCUCCUCUGGACGGAGGAGGUGGAGGUUACCCCAACUGUAGCUUCUCCACCGUCUUCAACAACGAUGUCAACGAAGCCCUGAAGGAGCUGCUGAACCGAAGCUGUGGAGGAGAACUUCUGUCUGGGAUAAACCUGGACUUCACUGAGACCGGACAGCAGAGAUGAACCAGGAACUGAGUACCAGAAACACUGACAAGAGAAAGUAUUCACCCCCAUGGAAGGUUCCCUAGUCAUAGGUGUCUUGGUGGCCUCCCUCUCUAGUCUCUUUCAGUAACUCCUUCAGAGUAGUCAUAGGAGUCUUGGUGGCCUCCCUCUCUAGUCUCUCAGUUCUUGAGGACGUCCUGCUCUAGUCAGAUUUAUUCAUGUUCCAUCUUCCUUCCAUUUCUGGAAUGGAUUUAACUGGACUCCAGGAGACCCUUCUCAGUAACCAUCCUAAAGCGGGUUGUCUUCAAAACCUGAGUGACACUACAAGAAAGAGACUAGUGAGGGAGGCCACCAAGACAACUAUGACACCUCUGAAGAAGUUCGAACAGACCAGAGAGGGAGGCCACCAAGACUCCUAUGACUCCUCUAAAGGAGUUCCAGCUUCAGCAGCUGAAAUGUUAGAGACUGUUCAUCCAACAAAUGUUGUCUGUUCUUCAACAGUCAAAGCUUUAUGGAGACAAAGAGAAAGACUCUGAUGGAAAAAGCUCCAAUUAAAUCUGGACUAGAGUUCACCAGAAGACAUGUGGAGACUCUGAAGACACCUGGAAGAAGGUUCUUUGGUCUGAGGAGACCAGGAUGGAACUUUAUGAUCGUCAGACUAGAUGACUUGUUUGAUACCAAAUACUGAACAUCAUCACAAACACACCAUCCCCACUGUGAAACAUGGUGGUGGCAGCAUCAUGACGUGAAGCACGGUGGUGGCGGCAUCAUGACGUGAAGCAUGGUGGUGGCGGCAUCAUGAUAUGAAGCAUGGUGGUGGCAGUAUCAUGAUGUGAAGCACGGUAGAGGCAGCAUCAUGAUGUGAAGCACGGUAGAGGCAGCAUCAUGAUGUGAAGCACGGUAGAGGCAGCAUCAUGAUGGGAAGCAUGGUGGUGGCAGCAUCAUGAUGAUAAGCAUGGUGGUGGCAGCAUCAUGAUGAUAAGCAUGGUGGUGGCAGCAUUAUGAUGUGAAGCACGGUGGUGGUAGCAUCAUCAUAUUAAGCACGGUAGUGGCAGCAUCAUGAUCCAGUAACAGUAGAAAUCCUCUGGGGGUGAAAACUUUUUAAAGACUGUAUUCUGGUCAGAUCCAGUCAGUAAGGAAUCGUUUUAUUUUAGUUCGUCCUGAUGAUGAGAACUUGAAUAGAAACAGUAAAAUGUUCGUUAACAACCUUUUAGUUUCAUUUUAUCAGCUGAUGUCGUGACGUUGAAGACAGAGGAUGUUUUUUAAUCUCUAUAAUCAUCUAAAUUAUGCAGAUCCACUGUCUAUUUUUUCUGUUGUUUCUGUCUUUUGUCUCCCCCUUCUGGCAGUUAGAGUAACUACACAAACUGUCAUCCUGUGUUUUGUUUUUUUAUCUGCAGCAUCAGAAACUUUCCUCUGAAAUAAACCAUAAUGAUCCUUUUAUUGUGGAACAGCAGCAGUUUUCAGCAAACUGAUGUUUGUUGUUUUAGGAUUUAAUUUCAUAAAAACUGUAGAAACGUGAGGAUGUUCUGACUGAUGUCAUAACAGAAAAACAUGAACAACUGCAGCAGAAACAGCAGAAAACUGACAGUUUCCUGUUUCAGACACUAAAAUAAAACAGAAAACACAGACAGA